CGCAGUCGAGCUUGGUACUCAACUAUGUAGCAUUCUUCACUGGCUCCGAGGGCCAUAGCAUAGUCCUACCAACAGACGUUGGCUAACGACCGGUCGCCCUUACUGCUCCGACUCGUCUGCCUCUAUCCGCGUCCCUCGGUUGAUUUCUCCUGUUUUAUUGUCACUCUUUGGCCUACGCUUGGCACGAUGGCCACCACUCUUCCUAACUAUGCACCGUAUAAUAUAUCGCUCACAGACCAGUCUGCUAUCGUCCGUUUCUUUCCACACAGGGACGGCCUGAUCACAGAUAACUGGAAUGUCACCUACACUGAUAGCAACUUUGCGGAUUGGUCCUACAACAACAAUUUUGGCUCCGGGAUGAGUGCCCACAGAACGGUUCUGGUUGGAGCUUAUGUAGUGAUCGACUGGGCGGGAACUGCAGUCUUCCUGUACGGAACAUCAGCCGCGGAGUAUACAGUACAGGUCGAUGGUCAGCCCUUGCUCACAGGACUGGGUGCCGACGGGCUCCUCUUCAGUCAGACCGACCUGGCGUAUGGCUUACAUACGGCUGUCCUGACCGUGAAUGCAGGCGAGCUCUCCCUCGCCAACGCGACUGUCACUGUGGGUAUGGGCGAGACUGGAACUGUUCUCCAGCAGCGCAACAUCUCAGCCGUGGAUACUAGUGUCUCGCCCGCCACCGCCAAUCCUACAUUCAUUGGCGACACCAACGAGUGGUCUGUCACCGACUUGUACACCAAUCAAACGGCAAAUGGGUCUCCCUGCAUCAUUACUUCUACUUACGGCUCCACACUUGCCUUCAGCAUUAGCGAAGCGGUUGGCUUCGUUCUCUAUGGUAGCGACGACUGGGCCCAAGGACUGUUCACCGUUUCGGUGACCAGCGAUAAUUUCGGCGCCACGUCUUUCAUCACCGACAACAGCAUUCAGUACAGCCCGCGCGCUCUGUGGACCCAGCUGGACUUGCCGAAAUACAUGGCGACGGGUCUAGACAGAACUGCGACGUACGACGUGGUGAUCACGAACCUAGGAGCGAACUUUAACCUCGCGUCCGUCGUUGUAUACGACGCGAUACCGUCUGCUAGCGCAUCUACUUCAGCGUCGUUGAUAGGAUCCUCGCCGUUGCAGUCAGGCGUCAGUGGCAGCGGUACUUCGGCUGCCGGUCAGAAUACCUCCUCGUCCUCAUUGAGCUCUACGCCUACGGGCUCCACGUCGCCAACGGCCGCACCGACGGGAGGUUCAAGCUCCAGUGCUAGUGGGAGGAAGUCAAGCAACACUACUAGUCGUCAAUGCAUACUCAUGAUCGUUGUUCCUGCUCUCUUUGUGUUCCAUUUCUGUUACGCAGGCACUUGUGUAGUCUAGUAACAUUGGAUUCGGGAAUGCUAGUAGAGGAAACCCC